AACGCUGACUGGAACUGUUGUUGGUCUAGGUCGGAGGAGCUAUGAGUGGCGAUCCCGAGCUGCAAGCACUUUUCGACAGUCUGGACUCCAAAAAUCCAAUGGACUCCAAAAGUGAUGAAGAAUUGGAUGAAUUUCUUAAUGAUUUUAUAGGUGCUUCAAGCGGCCCUCCAAAGAUGUCAGAUUCCCAGAAAGAGCUCGACGAACUUUUGAAAAGCAUGCUUAGUGAUAGUCCAGCUGAUCAGAAAGCUGCUGGCCCAGAAAAGGAGACGGCGAUAUCUGGACCUACUGAAUCUGAACCUUCUCCAACCACUCCUGUUGAACAACUGCCAUCACAUUUGCCAGUUGUGCCUGAGACUGGUGGACAGGAGGAAGAAGUUGCAGAGGUUUCUGAGUCAAAGGCUCAACCAGAAAGUUCAACUGAAAAAUCACCAAAGCCGACCAGGGAGAAACCAUUGGUUGAGGAUCCAGAUGGAAAGUUGCAGCAUUACUAUGAGGCCAUAGUAGAAAAGGUUCCGCCGGAAGUAGCCCACAUAGUUGUGUGGGAGGGAGCUGCAAAGAACAGGAAGAUCAUGAGCACUAUGAAUGAUAUAGUGGAUGAAGAGAGUAAUUUCCUGUUGGAAUAUGAAGCUGGACGUGUUGCUAAGCUCUUUGCAGGACAGCUGGGGUCUCACAAGAAGAUAGAGAAAGAGUUUGUACCAGCACUGAAAGCUUUUGCCACGUGUGGCUGGGAACCCUUCGAACAAGUAGCUAGUUACAUGCUGGCAAUGCUCCUGGUCAGGGUGCAGAAAAGAGGAGUAACUCUUGUCACUGCUGCCCUCCCACAAAAUGUUUUCUACCGUGUAUUGGGAGAUGCUGUCACAAAGAUAUCGGAAAAUGACAAUUGGCCAAAAUUUGUCGUGAAGAUGCCAAAACCUGACACAGUUUUGUCUCCUAAACAAUUUACUGGCUUUCUUGUCCAAGAUGUUGCUAAUAUCAGUACAGCAGACACCAGAAUAAACUGGCUUUUCAUCCUCGCCUAUUCUGGUGAGGACAUUCAUGAGGAGGUGGUGAGCGGACUGAGCGAAGAAUUCCCAUGGGCCAGUAUGUUGGAAGAGCUGUCUUCACUCAUUGACAACAAGGAGUUCUAUGACCAGAUUCUGGUCAAGAAGGCAGGAGUGAGAGCUGUCAGGAUAUGGGGAGACACCACUGUUUUAGAGGAGAGGAAAGACACUCUGAAAAAACUGAAGAUAGAGAUUGGUCACAAAGAGUUAGAAAAGGUUCUGGAGCUGAUACUGAGCACUGCCACAUUCCCAGUGGAGGACAUAGAAAGUGACCCUGACCAGCCAUGUCUACUGGUAACUUGCCCCACCAUUCAGUUGGCCGUCAAACUCAUUCAACACACGGUGAAAACUCUGGGCAAGAUUGAUGCUGAGUCCGCUAUCAGGGACCUUGUUAAGCAAGGGAUUGAAGACCAACGACUGGCAGCAGUGGCGAGGGAAAUGUCAAGACUAAAUGUGAUUGAUGAGGAGCAGGUCGAGGACGUGAUAUAUAGCUGCUCCUCUGAAGGCCUUCUUCAGAGCUGUGCUGAGCUGCUUCGAAUUGCCCCCAACCCUCGCUCUCACCCAAUCAUGGAAAUAUUGGAGGAAAAGGAUGAAAAGACCUGUUACAAGGCACUGGAACUCCUCAGCCCAGAUCUCUAUGCCCCAAACUGUAGCCCUGAAGAUACAAAUGCUCUUCACCUGGCUGCAACGUUUGGUUACACCACAGUCGUGAAGGAAAUCCUCACUCGUGGUUUCCACCGGCUCUUGAAUAAGCCAGGCAACCCUGCAGUCACGAUCAAUGACGUAAACAGGCAAUCUGUCCGACCGGCCAGCAUAGCAGUUCAGGCCACUCAUUUUACGACUGCCAGUGAACUGUUUAAGGCCAUGGAACCUGAAGAUGCAAAGAUGCUCUGCACAGCGACUACUGAUGUUCCAAACCCAGAGAUCAACCUUCACAAGGUGAUGGCGCAGAUCAGCAGUGGAAGGGGAGGAAGGUGGAACAAGAAAGCUGUCGAGGAGGCAGAUUGGAAAGACACUCCUGUUAAGCUUGAAAAGAAGGAGAUACGAGAUAGGAUUGAGUUCAUGCAGACUGCCCUGGACACUACAGUUGAUGGCCGUCGUGUAGAUCUUACACUCUUGAUUCAAGAUGAGUGUGGAGCCAUCCCGGGGCAGUUCAGUGGUGGUGGUGGUAGCGAUGGACCUCCACCUGACCCUGAGGCAGCCAGGAAGAAAGCUGGGAUCACACUCUAUGACAAGAUAGCUCGGAGUGAAUGUGAAGAACUGAAGAGCCACGAGUGCUUUGCAACACUUACAAGUAUUAUCUGGAUUGACUACGGAAUUGUUCAAGGGAUGCUCUUUGGUUUCUAUCUUUUGUUCAUGGCAUUCCUAACAACAUCUCUGGUGCUGGCAGCAAGAAAUGGCGAACCUGGGCAGUACGACAGCCCUCUUGACCGGUUCCGCAUCUUCUGUGAGGUGGUCACUCUGCUCUUUGUGUUCUAUGAUCUGGCUCUGGAGAUUUACGAGCUGGGACAAGUCAUAUACAGGAGUUUAAAGCAGCACUCAGUGUGUGUUUGCUGUAGCAGGGCACUGGGACGAGAAAUAACUGAGACCACUGGGAAUGACAGGGAAACGGGUGGCAAAAAAGACGGGGAGGGUGAUAAAGACGAUAAAGACAAUGAAGAGGAAGAAGCGGAAGAUGAAGAUGAUGAAUUUGACUGGGACGAAGAUGAUGAAAGUCACGAGCCAGAGGAACCUAAGAUCCACCCCUACAUAGAAGUGGUGAAAGACGUCAUUUCCGGAUACUUUCUGAACUGGCAGAAUAUGUUGGAUGACUUGGCAAUUCUCUUUGUUCUGCUGAUAAUCCCGUUCCGUAUAGCUGAUUCCCAAAACCAGUGGAUAUAUGCUGCUCUGGCCUUUAUGUUUCAUGGGCUCAGGAUCUUCAAAUAUGCCAUCAUGUUCAAAUCUGUGGGAGAAUACGUGGCUAUUCUGGUGCUGUUGAUCAAGCGAGAUGUCCCUCAGUUUGUGACCGUGUUCAUGGUUAUCAUCUUCUCUCUGGGAGGAGCCCUGUACCUCUCUCUUGUUGGGUACUACAACGAUGGAAACGUGGACACAGAGAACAACAAUGAAACUAGUGAGAUUUAUCUUCUCUGGUGGACCGGCUUUCGUAUCUUGGCAGAGGGAAGUGCCCUAACUUACUAUGGACCAGGCGGAUUCAAUUGGCUGGGUAUCCUGAUCUACUGGCUGUUCCUCUUCAUUGUGGUGGUGGUCCUCCUAAACAUCCUCAUUGCUCAGUUUAGCAAGAGCUAUGAGGAGGAGAAAGAGAGAGCUCAGAUUAACGUCAUCAUCACUCGAACAGAGAUCAUACUCCGGAUGGAGCAGUCUGCUCUCACACGUCCAUGUGUCCGGAUUGCGAGGAAGGUUAGAGCAAAGCUUACAAGAAACACAGUGGAUUAUCAGAGUGUUGAAAGACUGAAAGGUUUUGUAGGAGAAAGAGAGAAUGAAAAACCUGCUAGCUCUGAGCAGGUGGAAGAGUUGCAGACACAAACUACAAAUCUUGGCCUACAGCUACGCAAGCAGAUGGACGAUAACACAGGAAAAAGCCAACUCAAGGUGGAAGAAAUAAAGGCAGAGAUUGGGAAUCUUGUUAGAGAGACAAGGGAAGCCCUUCAGACCAUGAAAACUGAACUGGAUGGUAAACUUGUUGGACUGGAGAGGGCAGUCAUUGACACACGGCGAUACGUGGAUGACAUAAAAGAACUGCUUCUGUCAAUGAAAGAUAAAUGACAGAGUUUUCUAAAAUAUUGUAUGUACAGGAACACUCACAGGCUUUUAAUACUUGUUGAUCUGUUGGGUCUCCAAAAGCUCAAAUCAACUGGUCGAUUUCCUUUCAUCUCUGCUCCAUUUUGUUAUAGGUUCAAUGCUUAUACCUCCAUACAUCAACCAGACUGCCAAGACAAUAUAGAAUAUGAAACACAGAAAUCAUGUUAUUCACCCACGGCCACAUUCGAAGAGCUCCCCUGAGUCGGACUUAACACAUGACACUCAGUUAGACAAGACUCUCUCUAGAAUGUAAUAAUUAUCAUAAUUAUUA